AAACAUUCAAUCUAAUGGGCCCCUGGCACCAUUGGUGAGAAUUAAGAGGGAGUAUCCGAGGAUAUUUUAUCCCAAAUAGUAUGUAUACUUUUUAAUAAAUGAUGAAAAUAUAUAUAUAUAUAUAUAUAUAUAUAUAUAUAUAUAUAUAUAUAUAUAUAUUUAAAAAGAAUACAACUAGAUGAUUCACAUAUGAUAAAACACUUUGAAAUAUUCAGUAAAUCAAUGUUCAAAUUUUAAAAUGAUUUAACAUUUGUAGUGUAUGAACCAGAUUGUUCGUACGACAAAGAAAUCUAUACUAAGCAAUACUUGCCUCGCUGUCCAACUGAACUUGGAAGACAGACAGCUACAUACUUCAAGGGUGUUUAUGUUGCACUCACCCUCAUCCUCCUCUUAAAUCUACUUAUUGCUAUAUACAGUAACACCGUUGCAAAAGUUCAGGAAAAAAGCAAGUUUUACUGGACACGUCUUCAAACGGGCUUCUUGGAAGAUUAUAGUUUGAAUUCUAUUUUCCCUACCCAUUUCCAGCUCUUUUGUCUUGUUCACGUUAUCGUUUGCGUCAUGAAAACAAAGAGUAAGCGAAAUUAUAAUUCUGACGAGGAAGAUAACCUCAACCAGGAACCAGAGUUUAUCAGAGUCUUUCUAUAUGACACAAACUUUGACGUGAAGUUGAAAGCAUCCCUAGAAGAAGAGGAACAGGCUGCCUUGAAAGCAUCUGGCGUUGUCGAGAUGGCAUCGGAAGACAAACUAACGGUUCUCCAAAGGAAGAUGAAGAUGAACAUCAACGAAAGAACUUCAAAAAUUCUGACAGCGAUAACAACGAUGAAACGUGGUUUAAAAAGCUCAAAUAAAGGUGGUUUCCGCACAUUAAGGAAAAUGGAUUCUCUGGAAGAUACUUCGUCAAGGGAUUCCGAAAACUACGAUUCGGAUUAGAACUACCAUAUGAUCCACAGAUUUGAUUUUACAUCUGCUAUAGAUAAAUAGUUCGUUCACAAGGAAAUAAAAUUAUGUGGUAUCCUAGUGUAUCAAAUGCUAAGUGACUAGACAGAAUGGUGCUGUUCAUGCUGUAAGACAAUCUUUAAUGUUUCUGAUGUAUUUGUUGUUUAUGUCCAUCGAUGUAGAGGUAACCUCUAUGAUUAUUAAGAAAGUUUAACGAUUCAUAAGAAAAAGGUAUAGAACGAAGAUCUGGAAUAAUACAGGAUUCUUUCCCCAAUUUAUAUUAAGUAUUUCAAAAUUUACUAACUGAAAGACAUUUUCAUGAAUGAAAAAUGUACAUGUGAUGUAAUUUACACGUUCAAAUUUGUUUGAUAAGAAAUUUCCUUAUAUUUCAUUUUGAUAUGAUGAUGGGGGUUUGUUUUGGAAAUAAUGAUUUGUUUCCAUGGAAACAAUUUUGCGAAAUAAUGGUCAUCUUUUGAAAUUUUCUCCCAUUUAUUUGACAAAUACCGAGUCACAAAAUUAUUUCUUGCAUGUCUUAGUUUGAGCAGUAUCCAGAGAAAGGACUUCAUUUUCCGGUUUUUUUUAAAAUCUUUUUUUAAUUAAUCUUUUUAAUUUUUAUUUUUAUUAUGUUAUUAUGAUAUUGCAUGAAAUUUAGUCGAAUCUGAUUGGUCGACAAGCAUUUGAAAACGACAUAUUGUUGUCCUCUGAGAACAGAAACCACACCUUGGGGUGUUGAUAUUUAGCAACGGGAAUCAAUGCUUGAGAAUGGGUGAUAUUUGGAAAAAUAUCACAUGCGCACAUGUUGUGUGAGUACCAUUUACGUGACCGUCAAAUUAAUAUCAACGGCCGUAAAUGAUAAGUAAAAAAGAUAUUUAUAUUCUCAUUUUAAUGAAAUUUUGAAUUUUAUUAUGUACAUCUUAUUUCAUUUGAGUUAUGGUAUUUUUUCUUUCUUUUUAUUUCAAAGGGUCUUUUUGGUUUUGUUUUGAUGAAAUACGUUACGAAAUAUUUUCGCUUGACAUGGUGUGUUUUGCGUCAUUAUAUUAUGACGACACAAUCAAAAGUUUUCCGUCUAGCUAAUGCAAGAUUAACUCUAAUCGUAAAUGAGAGACUACCGGCUUAUGACGUAAUCCUUCUAUUUUUAUUGCAAGUAUCUCCUUGCGAUUUCAGCGUCCUCACCGUGACGUAUAGAAAACAACUUCCAGACAUGUAGGGAAAACACUUUUGUUUUGGUACAUCUCAAUGAAAAUACAGACAUAGGAAUUUAAGAAUGCUAACAUUUCAAAGAAAUUACACUAUCGGAAUUUGGAGAUCGAGAUUUACUGUCUUAGCCGACAGAAUAGUUCCUUCUACUGUGGCGACUACGAAUUUCAAACCAUUUUCUUUAAAACAAAAUCUAGAUUGCAGCUGAUUUAUGAAAAAUAAAAAAAAAUGCGAACUGAUCUUGUGAGUUCUCAAACAGAUACAUGUAAGUUUCCAAAAGAGUAAAUAUUGCUGUUGUAGAUCUUAAGUCUUUACGACCGUUAGAUUUCUAGUACUCUUAUGAUGUACAUGUAUACUCUAACGUGUGUAAUUGGGAUCACUUAUAAAGUUGAGUAGUACAAACAGUAACAUGAUAUGGUGACAUCUUCUAAUAUCAUUUAACAACAUUUUGAUAUAAGACAACCGGAGAAACUUUAAAAAAAACAUAUUUGUUAUACGACUUAGGCCUACCUCUUCCGCUGCUUCAUUCUCGAAACAGAGCAGCAAAUAUUUUGAUAGAUUUAUCAAAUCAUGAAAAAUGUAUAUGUUUCAGGGAAGGUAAAUCAGAGUGCUUUAGUACUUGUAUUUAAAUUGUUAAUCAUAUUAAGAAAUUUAACUUCCGGGCUUUUGAGUACAACUGCGCAGGAUGUUAUAACUAAGCAUUUACUGGUUCAAUACUGAUCCCAUUGAUGCAGACAUAUUACAUACCUAUUAAUUAACCCUAUCCAGUUAAAAAUGUGUCAAUUAUAAUUUUGAAAGAGUUUUGCUGGGACUAUAUGUUGUGGCGGAAGGAUUGAUUAAUCAAAGCGUUCAAAAUGUGCUUGAUAUUGCAGUUACUGGUUCGUCUAAUAUAUCUUCUAUUUCGAUACUCCUAUACUUGUAUUUCAGUUUUAUAAUUUAUAAGAUGUUGAGACUUGGAACUUGACUAGUUCACAUGUUGUAAUUCAUUAAUUUGGUUGAUAAAUUUUUCGAAGCAGAACACUGAUUUUUGAAAAAGUUUAAAUCAAUUUACUCAAAAUCUUGUAUAAAAAUUUAGUAUAUUCGCAAAUAAUUAAAAACUUGGUCUCUAACACCAACUUUUUAAAGUUCCAUUUUACAUCUUAAGACACGAACUUGAACAUUAUGUGAAAUAUUAGAUAUUGACAUUCCUCCUAAUAUGUCCUUUUAAAUUCUAAAAUUUGAUAACAAUUUUUUCGUAUAUCUAGUGCAAAAAGGUCAAUAAAUUUUUAAUGCAAAAAGGUCAUAUUUAGAAC